GCACCGCCACCGCCGCCGCCGCCACUUGAAUCCCGACGCCGCUUGUGCAGCCCAGGCCGCUUGCGUCGCCAACGGUCACCGCUUGUCUGGCAACGCCGCCACCUGCGCUGCCGCCUCUUCUCCGGCCAACACCCUCUGCACCGCCUCAGACGCCGCUUAAGCCGCCCGCAGAUGCCCCGGCUUCGCCAUCGCCACUACGGAGGCUGAUGGCGCUGUCGGGGCAGACAGCUGCGGGGGCGGAAGCGGCUGCGUCAGAGGCGCAAGCGGCCCUGCGGCGUAAGCAGUGGCCGCAGAUAGCGGCGUUGAGGGCGCCAAGCGGCGUUGGGACAGAUGCCUUCAGCUGCACAAGCGGCUUUGGCUCGGAAGGCGUCUGGGGCUCAAGCGGUGGCGGCAGCGGCAUAAGCGGCGGCGACGGCGGGGAUAGCAGUGGCAGAGGCUUCAGCGGCAGCACAAGCGGCGUCAGUGACGGCGCAGAGGACGUCAGCGGCGGAACCACGACGGCGCCGAGGACUGCGUCAACGGUGCGAGCGGCCUCGGCACAGACAACGGGGGCGGUGCAGACAGCGGCGGCUUCAGCGGCGUCGGUAGCAGCGACGGUGCAGACACCGGCUUCAGCGUCGCAGGCGGCUGUGCAGAUGGAGGUGGCUUCGACGGAACAAGCGGCAUCGGCGGUGGCGCAGGCAGUGUUGGCUGCGGAAGGGGCGGCGGUGCAAGCGGCAUUGGCACAGACCGCUGUACUGCACAAGCGGCAACCCCUUGGGCGUUCAGGACUCCAGCGGCGGGGGCGGCGUCUGCGUCGGUAGCAGAGGUGGAGCAAACAGCGGCGUCUGCACAGACUGCGUUGGCUGCAAAAGCAGUGUUGGCAACUCAAGGGGCGGCUCUGGCGAAGAUGGCAGCAAAGCAGAUGGUGGCGACGGAGCGGAAGCGGGGGCUGCGCAAGCGGCAGCAGCGGGAGCCCGAGGGCCGGGAAUGAGGAAGGGCAGAGGUAGGGCUGAGGACUGUCGCCCAGAAGAGAGGGGGGCGGGUUUGUGAGGACUUCUUGGACGCCAUUUUCCUUCCAGUGGCGCCACUUUCGCCUUUGGGAAGGGAUCGUGCGGGGGUAGAGCCCCCCCUUGUCCUUGUGCGAUAAGGAGAGCCCGACCAGGCCAGAAAGACCAGGGAACCUUCUGCAGUGAAAGGCUUUUGGGGUUAGAGCAUCUGUAUCUUCAGAAGCUGCACUGAAGCCUUCAUAGGCAGCAUCUGUGAUGUGAGGGAAGGCACCUCCACCAGGAUUCUGCCAGCUCUGUUUGCAACUGUCUGUUCCUAUCCAGAAUUUGACAUUUGUGAGAGGUGAGGUCCAUGUGGGAAGAGUUCUGAGAGUUUCCAAGCCCUCCAUUGGAAGGAGCAGCCCUGUCAUUGCUGAUGUCUCCCUUUUCUUGCAUUUGGAUGUUGACUUCAUCAUGGCACACUCCGGAUAAUCUUCAGGUAAGACUUCAUAAAUAUGAGAACCAUCUUUAUUUUCUAAAAUUUUCCAGAAUAGGAAUCAAGCUAGAUUUGUUUUUCAUGAAACUUUUUAUUUGGAGAUAACUGUAGAUUCACAUUUUGUUGUGAGAAAUAAUACAGAACUACCCAGUUUCCCCCAAUGGUAAUUUGUGCAAAACCCCAGUGUAAUGUUACAGCCAGAUGUUCCCAGUGACACAGUCAAGCGACAGAACAUCUCAUCCACACAGGAUCCCUCCUGCUACUCUCUCAAGUCACUCCUACCUCCCUAUUCUGUCCUCUGUGGUAAUCACUAUUCUGUUCUCUAUGUCUGUAACUUUGCCAUUUCAAGAAAGUUACAUAAAUUACCCUGCACAACGUUUUGGGACUGGCUUUUUUCACACAGAAUAACUCCCUGGAAAUACAUCUAGUCAAUCUAGAUAAUUUUUUUAAGUCACAUGAAAUCAGUCUAUUCCUCAUUGGUCAUAGCAUACCAAACCCCAACCCUUACCCAGGGAGUAGAAGUACACUGUUUUUUAGGAUAUUUACCCUAUGCGAUCUCAAACAGAUUUUAGACAUGCUAAAACAAGACUAUGUUCUUUCAGAGAACCUGUGUGCAGCAAGAAAUACUGAGGACUAGGCCACUAUGAUAUUCCAGACUCUGCAUUUUCACUCUGAUAAAACUGAAUGUAAGAGGCACAGUAGUUGAAUGUUUUAUUGUCAUUAGAUACUACAUUUGAUUUUUCUGUCUUAAAU